UCAGUAGGUGAGCUAGCGACGAGGAGAGCUCAGUUCGAUACCGAACGCCAAAGCGUUCGGAUCGUUUCUCAUGAUUAUAUAUGCUGCAGCGGGUUGUUACGAUUUUUCUCUCGUAUUUCUUUCUAUCUUUCGCUUGCAUUCAUUAGCUGUUCAAAUACUUUAAACAUAUUUUUUAUUUUCGUCAUAUAUCUCGGUUAAUCCGGCGAUCGAACUAAAGUGUGAGAACCGAUCGACCGAUCGACAAAUUAAUCCGAGACACGCGUUCCUUUUAUCCUGUUUUUUUUUUCUCUCUCUCUUUGUCAUUUUAAUUGUAUAGUGUCAAUCGUGCGUAAUUUUACGUAAAUAUAUGAAUCGAUCGUACGAUCACGACGAUUGAAAAUAUAAAACCUUGACUAUAUUCUAUGUAAUUUAUUGUGCAUCACAUUUAUCGUUAAAUUAUUACUUCACGGUGGAAUACGUGGGAUACUUUUUAACAGAUAACCAGCAUGCAUCGUUCGCAUUCUCUUCCAUCGAUGGGGAUGCACACGUUACCAAAUAAAACUGGUACAAAAUUUCCCGAACAAUCGGGAAUUACUGGAUCUUUCGUGAUACUAGAUACACAAUUAUUCAUGAUACCAAUUCGAAAAGCAAUAUACGAAAGGCAAGAAGAAGCUUGAUUGACUUUACCACGGCUGGUCUCGCGAGAUAGAAUCAAAUUCAUUGCCGAGAUAGAACUUUUUAGGGUGUACAAGGGGGGAAAAAAAGAAGAAGAACGAUACGAACCAAUGCGAUGAGUAACGAUAAAUGAAAUUGAAAUUUAAUCGAAAUUUCGGAGAGAGAAAGCGAUGCUGUCGUGUACCGAUCUGGGCCUAGAGGAGGUUCCUCUGCUAUAUUGCCUGAGCGUUGAAUGGAUAAACCAAACCGCCGCUAAAAUCCGUCAAUGGAUUUAGGAUGUCCUCUUCUCUUUACUCGGAACGAUACCAGAUAUUACUACGGUGCUUUAUGAGAGCUUCGCUGAUAUAUAACAGGCAGUAGAGAACAACGGUGGCAACGGUAUUAACGGCAGUAGGGGCAGGAGCCCAUGGCUGGAAGUUAUCUAUACCAGUGGUGGUGGAUCCCAAUCGUGAUCCUAUCUAGAUGCUGUCUACUUCUUACUACCGAUAGCAACCUACCUUACUUAUCGCAAUAUACGGAAGAAGAGUAUUCGGAAUUCCAUCCAAAUGACGACGAGGUAGUCGUGUUCCUUAACGAACAAUGCAACGAGGAGGUCAAUCUAACCGAUAUUCAAAGUCAGUUACAACAGCAUUGGAGCGUGAACCUUUCCAUCAGUAUAUUACCAAGAUCUCUGACCUGUGAAACGCGGUCCUGGGGUUUCGGCGCGCUGGUAUAUUCACUCAGCCAACCUACAACGAAGGCUUUGAUAGCAGCACUCGAUAGCUCGAGUUGCGAGUUUGUUUCAAAAUUGGCCCAUACUUGGAACAAGCCUCUAUUCACGUGGACUUGUCCUUUGAGAAACUUGGAAGAUAGAAAAUUAUCGAGCAUAGUUAGACUUUCACCGGCUUUACCGUCACUCGCUCAGGCACUCAUAGAAAUGUUUCUUCAUUUACAAUGGAAUUCAACGGCAAUCAUUGGCACGGAUAAGGAACCAUGGUCAAGUUUAGACAGGGUCGUGGUCGAUGCUCUUCGAACUAUCGGAAUCGUGCCACGUUAUCACGCGAUAUUACCGCAACGCGCUACCUGGAGUCAAGUUCGAAGAACUUUGAAAUCUCUGCAUUAUAUAUCUCGCAGAGCUACGGUGCUUUGCUUACCCCUGAACGACGAUUCGACGAAUCGUAUUUUGACCGAGCUGGAUGUAUCACGGGAUUCAAGCAUGUUGACUUCCAUGAUUCUGAUGAUCCACACAGAAGAUAAUGAUAUGUUUCUUCCGCAGAUUGUGCCUACAGCAUCGCCAAUUGAGACGCCCAUUUCACUUUCAUUUACAAGUACUCAGUCUUCCAACUUUUCUCCUUCAGACCUUCCCCGUAUUUAUACGAUCGUAAAUCAGAGAACGACAGAAGGGGGUGAAAAGAUCAAUCCAUCUGAACGAUACGUACCAUCAAAAAAUCUCAGUGGUACAACGUUAGACAAUCUGCUUAUAUUGAUGCCACUCGAUCAAAGAUAUGAUAUUCAAGAAAUGUUAAAUGGCACCGAGUUUUACACGCGACCGACUUUAAUCGAACGUUUAAAUGAAUCACUCAGCAUUAUGAUGUACGACAAUGGUACUAUCAAUUCUUACAAUAAUAAAAUGUAUACUUACAUCGUAAUGGAUUGGCAUGUUGAUAAAUGGGAACCUAUCAUGAUGAUCUCGGAAGAGAAGGAAAGAUUUACGGUUAAAAGAUUAACUACCAACGCUCCUGCAUUUUUCACUGUAGAAACUAUCGAUUUUAUUCCAUGCGAUGCCGAUAACGAUUGCACAGUAGGUGGUCUAAUGGAGGUAUCCGUCCAUGCUACACAUAUCGUAGCUGUCAUUUUAGGAUCCUUGCUCUUUGCUUUUCUUCUCGUUUCCCUAGCAAUAUUAAUCCGAAAACAAUUACUCAAAAAUAGAAUAUCAGAAGGCCCCUAUAAAAUUAUUCUAACGGCAUCAGAUUUCGUCUUCCCGCAGACUAAUCACACGGAUUCAAAAACUGUCGAUAAAGGGGUCGAAACAAUGCUAUGCUGCUGGUUGCAGCCGUUACAGGAGUUUGGUGGGCCAAAAGUUGAGAAACCUGAUUUACUUCAAGUAGGCACUGUUGGCUCCCACAGGCCCUAUCUUCAAACAAGUACUGGAAAUUUAGCGAGACAAACUUUCUUCAAGGUCCGACGUGCUAUGUAUAAUGGUGAUUUGGUUCAACUGAAGGAAUUAUCCUGUCAAAGUACAUUCGAAUUGAAGAAUAAAACGAUGGGCGUUUUAGUUACGAUCCAUGGCCUACGACACGAAAAUCUUAAUCCCCUUAUUGGAUGCCUGAAUGAACCGACGAGACCAUGCCUUGUAUCGGAAUAUUGUUCAAGAGGAUCGCUGGAAGAUGUAUUGGUCCAAGAUGAGAUCAAACUCGAUUGGUCAUUCAGAUUGUCUUUGCUUACGGAUUUAGUGCGAGGUAUGAGAUAUCUUCACGGUACACCGAUUAGGGUUCACGGUUACCUUACAUCACGGAACUGCGUAAUCGAUGCACGUUGGGUUCUUAAGAUUACUGAUUAUGGCCUUCCAGCAUUUUAUGAAGCUCAAAAUAUGUCACCGCCUUCAAAAUUGUCUCGCGAUCUUUUGUGGACAGCACCAGAAUUACUUAGGGAUCUGAAUCUUCGAAAGAAGGGUACUCAGUCAGGAGAUGUUUACAGUUUUGGUAUCAUCAUGCAAGAGGUCAUUGUACGCGGCGAACCAUUUUGUAUGUUAGCUUUAUCUCCAGAAGAUAUAAUAGAGAAAGUGAUGAAACCACCACCAUUGAUUAGGCCAUCCGUUAGUAAAGGUGCAGCUCCACCAGAAGCUAUUAACAUAAUGCGCCAAUGUUGGGCCGAAUCUCCGGAUAUGAGGCCCGAUUUUAAUUGUGUCCACGAUUUAUUUAAAAAACUAAAUUAUGGCAGGAAAGUUAAUUUUAUUGAUACUAUGUUCCAAUUGUUAGAAAAGUAUUCAAACAAUUUGGAAGAAUUGAUACGCGAGCGUACAGAACAACUCGACAUGGAGAAAAAAAAAACGGAACAGUUAUUAAAUCGGAUGUUACCAAAUUCGGUGGCGGAAAAAUUGAAAUUGGGUAUUCCCGUCGAUCCUGAAGAAUUUCGCGAAGUCACCAUCUACUUUUCGGAUAUUGUAGGUUUUACAACUAUUUCUGCUCAUUCGACACCUUUUCAAGUAGUAGAUUUACUCAACGAUCUAUACACCUGUUUUGAUGCAACCAUUAAUGCAUAUGCUGUUUAUAAGGUGGAAACCAUAGGAGAUGCUUAUAUGGUAGUUGGAGGAUGUCCAGUUAGAAUUCCUGAUCAUGCUACUCAAGUAGCUACCAUGGCACUUGAUUUGUUACAUCAAAGUGGAAGGUUUAAAAUAAGACAUUUACCACAAAUGCAAUUAAAACUGAGAAUUGGUCUUCAUACCGGUCCUUGCUGCGCUGGAGUCGUCGGUUUAACGAUGCCACGUUAUUGUUUAUUCGGUGACACUGUAAAUACUGCAUCUAGAAUGGAAUCAACUGGUGCACCAUGGCGUAUACACAUUAGUAAAGCAACGAAAGAUCGAUUAACGCAAGCCGGCGGAUAUAAUAUUGAAUAUCGUGGUACUACAGAAGUUAAAGGGAAAGGAAAAAUGCAAACUUAUUGGCUAUUGGGAAAGGAAGGAUUUGACAAGAAACUGCCAACACCUCCACCUUUCGGAGAGGAUCAUGGAUUGGAUGACAGCCUGGUAGUCAAGAGCUCAUUGAAAGAUGGACAAGCAGAAUCAACAAUUGCACGGCGUACGAUACUCUCCAAUAUUAAAAAUUAUAGCGUUCACGAUGAAGAAGAUGAUGAAGACAGUAUCAAUGAGAAAGGGAAAGAUGAUAGUAGUGCAAAAAUCGUCAUUGAAGGAAAUUCUUCUAACGCCUCUUCAUUUGAAACAUCCGAAACGAAAAAAGUUAAUGUAUCUGUGCAUGGUGAAAAAACACUUGAAACGAGUAAUUCACUAAAAUCAACAGAAGAUCUGUUUGAAUUGUUGAAAAAUGAACGUAUAAAUCAAAAACCGACUGAAAUUAGCGAUCUAACUAUUAAGAAAAGUACAUCAAGUGAUACACAAAUUUCAAGUAAUAUACUAGCAGUAUCUGAUACAGAAACAACUGCAACAAUGUUAGGCGCUUCAACUACUUCUUUGACCUCGAUUGCUAGUUCUGUCGCUUUAUCUUUUAGAUCAGCUGCAGCAAGUAAACAUCGAAGGUUCAUUGGUGGUAUUGAUGAAAACGAUCUCAGUACACCAUAUAAUCGUUAUAGAUGUCUUUCUCCUAAUGAACAUAACAGAAGUUCUAGUGGUCGGUUUCUGAAAAGGCAAUUUAGUUUAGAUAGAGGAGAUGAGCCUGUAUCUAUAACAAUUCAAGAGCCAACAAAUCAGAGAACAGUUCAACGACUUUUUAAACAAAAUAGUGCAGGAGCAGCUAAUGAUUUAGAAAGGAUCGAGGAAGUACCAUCUACUCCUGGGCAUAUUUCACAAAGAUUUCGUCACACAGCUUCAGUUACGCUCUCCGUUGAAUCUUUAACAACGCAUUAAAAUCAAAUUAUUAAAGUUAAAGGAAAUGGUCAAUAUUUAAAAUCAUCAUGUUAUCUGUCAUAAUAUUCAGAAUUAGAGAAAGUAUGAAAUUGAUUUGAGAUAUCAAUGGAAUAUUAUAACGCGUUCAUUAUCAAAUAUUCCUUUAAAUGUGUCAUAUCAUCAUCGAUCAUAGUAAUGCAGUAUGAUUCUGCAAACAAAAUUUGCUCGAUACAUCAAUGAUUCAAAAACUUUAUAUUUACUGUUACUCUAGGAUGUUGACAGGUCUAAACUACAUUACUAUAUCAGAUCGAUAUAUAAGACUAAAUGUUGUUUCGACAUAACUUUCUCAUCUCGAUAUGAAAUCAUUCUAAAUGUAAAAUAUGUUGCAUGUUAUGUUAUUAAUUGUUCCUAUGGUAGAUUAAUAACUUUUACAAUUAAAUAUAUAAACUCAUAAAAGUACACGAAACAUAACUGCAAACAUAAUUUAAUUGAAUUAAUGUGUGGACAUAUAAGAGAAACAAAAUCAUUUUAUGCUAACAUAGCAUUUUCAUAUAAUUGCUUAAUUUAUUUUAUUUAUUAAGGUAAAAUUUACAAAAUGUAUAUAAUAAUUAAUGCUUUGUAUUAACAAAGUAAUAUUAUUUAUUUACUUAAUCAACUUAUUUAUUUUAUAUGUAAUUUUCUAUUUUGAAAAACUACUAUGUAUCAUUUGCAUUCAUUUUCAUAGUAUUAUAUAUAAAGAAUUAUAAAAGAGAAAUAUAUAGAAGACAAUCGUUGAAUGAUAAUUAAAUGAUCUACUUACUAUUUUUACCAUGAGAUGAUGUUACAAUUUGAGAGAUUACUGUUCUUUGAUGUUACUUAAUGGCGAGUAUGAUGGAUGUAAAUAAUCCAGAAUCUUUUUAAUCUUACUUGUAUGUAUAUUGUGUAUAUAUUCACGUAUUAAAAAAUAAUAAUAAGAGAA